GGUACUCCGGUUCAGACCCACUGCUAAGGAAAGCGGCGUUACGUUAACAGUAAACCUCCCUCUGCCCUCUUCCAGCGGUGGAGAAAAUUCAACUUUCUGCACGGUUGCCGCGACAUGAGUCGCACCUGAAGGUGGGCUGCUACUGAUACUAAAGGAUACUAAAAGACAAAACCCUCCCCAGCCACAGCCUGUUCACCCUGCUGCCGUCAGGAAAGAGAUGCAGAAGUAUCCGCUGCCGGACCACCAGACUUCCCUCAGGCUGUGAGACUGCAAAAUUCAUCCCCAGCACUCCCCCAUGUACUGCAUCUUCAGCGCGGCAGAGAAAUGAACUGAGGACGCAGGAGAGAGCACUCGUUUCUUGAGGACGUCCAAGAUUUACCGUGAAGCCAUGAGGUUGCAGAGGAGCCUAGGAUUAGUCGCCGUGCUAUGCUUGAUCACCUGUAUUUGUGCCUUUUAUAUGACUACAGCCCUUGACAUCCCCCUGGAGGUUUUAGGUCAUGUAAACAUUGAGCAGCUGCCCACCAUCACAGCACAGUCGCCCAGCUCUCUCAUCGCCUUCCCUUUUGAUGAAAGCUUCCCCCUGACGUGUGAAGCCAAAGGGAAUCCCGAGCCAGAAUUCAGAUGGACGAAGAAUGGCCAGGAAUUCGACCCCUUUCUAGACCCCCGGCUCAUGAAAGAGGAGAAUUCUGGGACCUUUGUGAUACCCAAUAAUGGGAACCUUACAGAAUACCAGGGGACCUAUCGCUGUUACGCCUCAAACAAACUGGGGACCGCCAUAUCGAAGGAGAUUGAGUUCAUUGUGCCCUAUGUUCCAAAGUUUCCUAAAGAGACACUUGAGCCUGUUGUGGUGGAGGAAGGCCAGCCUUUUACCUUAAAAUGUGACCCACCUAAAGGAAUACCUCCUCUGCAGAUCUACUGGAUGACUAUCAAUCUUCAGCACAUAGAACAGGAUGAGAGGGUGUCUAUGGGCUUGAACGGAGACCUUUACUUCUCUCACGCGGUGGAGAGGGACAGCAGGAGAGACUACUGCUGUUUCGCUGCCUUCCCAAGAAUAAGAACCAUCGUUCAGAAGACCGCCAUGUCUGUCAUUGUCAAGACAAAAAAAAGUGACAUGAGUCCUGAAACCGCUAAUGCAAUCCCUGAGAGAAGACCCUCUCUUCUGACGCCCUCUGGUGACAGAUCAGAGACACAGCUGGUCAAAGGAGAGGACUUGAAAUUGGAGUGUAUUGCUGAGGGAUUUCCAACUCCACAGGUUGAGUGGGUGAAGAUUGGUCAUCGACUUCCCAUUAAAGCAAAACUGGAGAAUCAUGGGAAAUUGCUGAUUGUUCCGAGAGUUGAACAGGAAGACAGUGGGAAGUACAUGUGCAAGGCAAAGAACGCGCUUGGAGAAACUGUACAUUACUUCACAGUGACAGUAGAAGAGCCUCCAGAGUGGGUCUCUGAGCCUGAGAGUCAGCUCAGUAUGAUCGGCUCAGACGUGCUCAUCAGGUGCUCUGCCAGUGGGACUCCUCAGCCGACUAUAACAUGGAGGGUGAACGGGGUACCUCUGCGGGAGGCCCCUGCAGCCAACAGGAAGGUGUUAGAUGAUACCAUAGUUUUACAUAAUGCCAAAGCCUCUGACAGUGCAGUCUAUCAGUGUGAGGCCUCCAACAGACAUGGAACCCUUCUGUCCAAUGCAAACAUCAUGAUUAUGAAUCUGCCCCCCAUGAUUUUGACCAAGGAGGGGGAGGAUUACUCUGCUGUGGAGGGGAAGGGAGUGAUGAUGCACUGCAAGGUCUUCAGCUCUCCUCCUUCUACUAUCACUUGGAGCAAAGACGACUCCUCUGAGUCUGUGGAGGGACUGAGGUUUACCGUUCAUGACAAUGGGUCGAUGGAGAUCUACAGCGUAGAGAAAGACGACAUUGGGCAGUACACAUGUUUAGCUAAAAACACAGAGGGAUCAUCUGCCAUCGAUGCCAUGCUCUAUGUGAAAGAUCCCACUACAAUAGUUGUAGCCCCGGAGGACAUGCAGAUCUUAAUAGGUACCACGGCACAGCUCUCAUGCCUCGCAGAGUACGACAAGUCCUUCAGCAACGACUUUGAGCUCCUGUGGGAAAAAGAUGAUAUGGAGAUAGCCCUCAACUACACUGAGAAUUCAAGAUACUUUAUGGAGGAUGGUAUUCUUCAGAUUAUCAAUGUAAGCCAUAGGGACCAGGGUGUGUACACAUGUGUGGCACGAACUCCAGUGGACCAACACACGGCCUCAGCGCUGCUCAUGGUGUUAGAUGUCCCUGAUGCACCUGAGUACUUGGUACUGUCUGAACACAAGAGCAAAAGUGUGAAACUGAAAUGGAUCCCUGGGGAUGAUCACAACAGCUCAACCACAGAGUUUAUUAUCGAGUACGAGGAAAGCCAGUGGGAGCCGGGAAACUGGAAGGAGCUGCUCCGAGUACCUGGGAACCACAACUCGGCUGUCCUCAAACUCCAUGGCCACGUCGACUAUCGCUUCCGUGUCUCUGGUGUUAACACUGUGGGGAGGGGUCCUCACAGCAAGUCCACAGAGAGAUACAAAACUCCCCCAACAGCCCCUGACAAGAACCCUGAAAAUAUCAAAAUCGAAGGUCAUUUGCCACAUGAAAUGGAUAUCAACUGGGGGCCCUUGUUACCCAUUGAGCACAAUGGUCCCGGUCUGGAGUAUAAGGUGAGUUACAGGAGACAGGAUGUAGAGGAGGACUGGAAGGAACACAUGGUGAAGAGACACUCGUUUGUGGUGAAGAACACUCCUACCUUUGUGCCCUAUGAGAUCAAGAUCCAAGCCAGGAACCAUCAGGGCUGGGGCCCCGAGCCCAAGAUAGUCACUGGCUACUCAGGAGAGGACUUUCCCUCUGCUGCGCCUGAUGAUGUAGCUGUGGAGGUGAUGAACAGCUCAGUGGUCAAGGUUAGCUGGACACGUGUACACAAGGACAAGUUACAUGGACAUCUGGGAGGCUACAGGAUAAACUGGUGGCGUCUGCGCAGUCUGAGGGACUCAAAGAAAAGCCACGGAGACAAACACACACUAACAUUCCCCGGGGACCGAAACAAUGCUUCAGUACCGGGACUAACACCCUUCUCUGAGUACAGCCUCAUCGUCAUGACCUUCAACGGGCGUGGCAACGGCCCCGGCAGCCAUCCCGUCAACUUCAAAACCCCAGAGGGAGUCCCAGAGAAAAAUCCUGUUUUCAGGGUCACAGAUGUACAGAAGCAUACUGUCUCUCUGGUCUGGGCCCCGCCAUUGGAGCCUAAUGGGAUUCUCACCGGGUAUCUCCUCGAGUAUCAGCUCAUCAAUGACACAGAGGAAGUGGGGCCACUGCAGACAGUAGACAUCAGCAAACCUGAUACCACCAAGUGGAUCCUGCGCGACUUGGAACCUGUGAGCAAAUACAAGUUCUACCUGCGCUCCUGCACCACGGUGGGCUGCGGGCCUGUUGUCAGCGAGGAGUGCACCACUACCCUGGAAACAACUUCCACUUUGGCUCCCACUGUUGGCCUCAGCAAGUCAGCUUCCCCCUCACCUCCAAGCACUCCAAAGUCCCCAGUGACCAAACCCACUCGUUCCACCAUAGUCCCGGCCCUGUUGAAUGUUAGCUCAGCUGUUAGUGACAACUUUGCAAAUAUCAGCUGGAUAUGUGGAGGAGAGCACACUGAGUUUUAUAUUGCAUAUAUGAACAACCGUGAGGGUUUCUGGAAGAUAUCAGAGCCCUUAAACACCUCUAAGACUUUCCACAUCAUUGACGGGCUCGAACCUGGGACUGAGUACACUGUGCGCCUUAUUCCUAACAGCUGGGUUGAUAAUUCUAGUAUAUUUGAAGAUGUUUUCACGACCGGGUCUACAGGUCUGGCCAGCAUCCACGGAGGAAUAUCCACCCAGGGCUGGUUUAUCGGCCUAAUGUGUGCCAUUGCUCUCCUCACACUCAUUGUGUUGAUCGCCUGCUUUGUCAACAGAAAUAAAGGAGGGAAGUAUUCCGUAAAAGAAAAAGAGGACCUUCACCCAGACGUGGAGUCCCAGGGCAUGAAUGACGACACAUUUUGUGAAUAUAGUGACAACGACGAGAAGCCACUGAAGGGCAGCCAACACUCGCUGAGCAGAGAGAUCAAAGCGGGGGACAGCGGGGACAGUCUGGUGGACUACGGCGACGAGGACGCUCAGUUCAACGAGGAUGGUUCCUUUAUCGGCGAGUACGCUGGGCGAAAAGAGAAGAGAGUGUCCGCUGAGAUCAAAGCCACCGUUCAGACCCCAGCAUGAGGAGCAGAACCGCCAUCCAUCCUCCCCCGGACAACAUUUUCAUUAAACCUGCUGGGAGGAACAAAUGAAAGAGGAAACAGACAUUAUCCAUACCGAGCACAAGUUUUGUGUCAAAUGUAAUGCGUCAUUGCCAACUGCACACUGCCACCCUCAUUUUAUAAAGCUCUGUUUUGUCAAGUUGCAACAGAAUGACCAUUACUAAAUACUGUGUAUAUAUAGUGUAUAUUGUUUGUGCGGAGUGUCUUUUUUUUAUAAUUAUUAUUACACAAAAAAAUUUAGAGGGCUUGGAUUUUCUUUUUUUGUAUCUCCAUUACUUCAGCUGCAGUACUGUUUGUACAAAUGUUAGGACAAUUUUACUCUUCAUUGCACAUCAUUAUACAGUAUGCAGCUUUGCCUCUGAUGCCAUCUUGUAGCAGACCACAGAUUAAGUGGGGAUAUCAAGAUAUUUUUCAAUUGGAGCAAACAUUACUGACAUUUUAUAUUUGAAUUGGAUUCAUUAAAUAUGAUGUAAGAUGUGUAUAAAGGUUGCUUAUCAACUUAUUUUUUUCAGUGGUUUUAUAUCUGACAAAAUAACAAGGACAUUUACAUAUCAUAAACAUUGAUUCUUGAGUAUUGCAUCUCCCUGUGAUGUUAGAAGAAAAUAUAAUUUAGUUAUAAUGUCUUGUUUAGCAUUUAGAUCCAUUGGAUAGUAUAAAUUACAAACUUCAGUCUGUGCUUACUGUAACAGUCCAUUACACAGAAAUUGUAUUAAAACUACAAGGACAAUUACAGUUGAA